UUUCUUUAGAGACAGGGUCUCACAUAUAGGCCUGAGCUAACCUGGUACUCGCUAUGUAGACCAGGAUGGUCUGCCUCUGCCUCCUACAUGUUGAGACUAAAGGCUUGCCUUGUUUCAUUUGCAGGGUUCUGGGAUAGAUGCUUAAGGGAGCUGAAUUAAAGGACAGUGAUCCUUUGGUGUCUGAGGGGGACUGGUUUCAAGCCUCCCACCCCCAGCUACCAGAUUACUUCCAGGUUCUAGAACAAUAUGAACACCACGUGAAGAGUUGUUAAACAGUACUGUUUAGAGGACAGUGAGAAGAAAAAACUUUACAUGUUCAAUACAGAAGCAGUUUAUCUUGAGACCGGGUCUCUUGUAGCCCAGGCUACCUUCAGCGUCACUAGGGACCUGAGGCUAGACUCUAGCUCCUUAGUUUCCUGCCUCCAUGUCCCAAGUACUAGGAUUGCCGAUGUGAGCCUCCUCUCCUGGCCUUGAAUGCUUUUUACAUUUUUAUUAUUUCUAAUUGGGUGCGUGUGUAUGCAUAUGAGACCAUGUUUGUGGUUAUGCGCUCAUGAGCGCAGGUCCCCAUGGCGAUUUGGAGCUCACAUUAUAAGUGUUUGUGAGCCAGCUGAUAUGGGUGCUGGGAACCAAACUCAGGUUCUUUGCAAGAGCAGGACUCUCAAGUCCUGAGUUAGCUCUCUAGGCCCUGACAGAUGACUUCUUAAAAGGAAAAUUUCAAUCCAGGUGAUUGAAUCUAUGGAUGUGGGACAUGAGGAUUUUCAGAGCCACAACUGAGAAGAUGAAGAGAUUGAUAAAAUCAAGUCUACAGAACAAUGCACUCAGCUGAUCAGCCAAUAUCCAUUUGACAAAAACUGGCAACCAGGCCCUCGUGGAGGCCACAAAGAGGGAGCUCGCAACCCAUAUGGAAGAGAGCUGAUGUUUUUAGAGAUGAGAUUUGUGUUGUACGUUUCUAAAAGGCCAGGGAAAAGGGUAGAAGCAGAAGGACCCAUUCACACAAAGACAAGGAAGGUGACAGAUGUGACUGCUCAAGAGCACAGAGGCCAACUCUCUGGAGCUGUGCUCACAGGGAGCUGAGACAGCUGACGGUCGGUCAGUGCAGCCAGGGAAGCUCUGAUUCCAUGGACAGACAUAAGCAGACCCACGUUUUAGAAAUUUAAUGUCAUGGCUAAUAUCAUUGAGAAAGCAGCAUCAACCACACUUACAACAUCCACAACACACACCUGACUACAUGAUGUCCCCGUGGGCUGUGAGGGUGUGCUAAGCCAUUCGCUCCACAUCUUCUCUUACUGCCCAAGAAGGUGACUCUUGCCAGCAUUCAUACACAUUUCAAGUAAAAAUUAUUAUUUUGGGGGCGUGAGACACAACUGCCUGUAACUCUAGCUCCAGGGGGUCGAAAGCCCUCUCCUGACCUGUGCAUGAAUAUGCAUGCAUGUGUAUGCACACAAGAGGAGCACACACCUUCACACAAACACACACACACUCACAAACAUAUAGGCACUCCUCACACACACAAGCAUAUAGGCACUCAUGCACAAAUGCAACAUGUACACACACACAUAACUAGAAAGGAGGUAAAUAUUUAGAAUAUUUUCAUAUAUACAUUAUAAUAUUCAUGAUCAAAUUGUCAAAUUAUCACAAGAAGGAACAUUUCUCUCUUCAACAGGGGCAAACCAUUAUUAUUACAGAUGUAACAAUAAUGAAGUUUUCAGUCUGUCUUAAUUUUUCAAGUCAAUUUAUUUAUUUAUUUAGAGACAGUUUCUCCGUGUAGCUCUGCCUGUCCUAGUACUUGCUCUGUAGAUCAGGCUAGCUUCAAACUCACAGAGAUCUGCCAGCCUCUGCCUCCCAAGUGCUGAGAUCAAAGGUGUGCACCACCAUACCUGGCUAUUUUAAAUUUUUUUUCAUUUGAAUGUCCAAUCUUUAUUUAACUCCAACUCCAAAAAAAAGACUGAUAAAGCGUUUCUUAGAGUAAGGUUCUGGGUGUUUGUUUGUUUGUUUGUUUGUUUGUUUGUUUGUUUCGAGACAGGGAUUCUCUGUGUAGCCCUGGCUGUCCUGGAACUCACUUUGUAGACCAACCUGGCCUGGAACUCAGAAAUCUGCCUGCCUCUGCCUCCCAAGUGCUGGGAUUAAAGGCGUGCACCACCAUGCCCAGCUAUUUAAUUAGAUAUUUUCUUCAUUUACAUUUCAAAUGCUAUCCUGAAGGUCCUCUAUAUCCUCCCCCCUAUUUUUAAUUUUUUAAUUAGGGCUGGAGAGAUGGCUCAGUGGUUAAGAGCACUGACUGCUCUUCCAGAGGUCCUCUUCCAGAGGUCCUGAGUUCAAUUCCCAGCAACCACAUGGUGGCUCACAACCACCUGUAAUAGGAUCUGAUGCCCUCUUCUGGUGUGUCUGAAGACAGUGAUGGUGUACUCACAUACAUAAAUAAAUCUUUAACUUUUUUAAUUAAAAAUAUUUUUGAGACAGGGUCUUACUUGUAGCUCCUGGGUAACCUGGAACUCACUACAUAGUGGGACUAAAGGCUUGAGCUACCGUUCCUGGCUCUUUAUUUUAAUAAUUUACAAAUGUCUUAUUCAAACUGAAAAUCCCCUAAUUCGUCUGACCCACCACCCCAACUUUCUCCCAGUAGUAUAUUUCCCUACGAAGGUACUGCAGAUGUCACUGCCCUCUGGUCCUUUGCAGAGCAUGGGAACUUGAGUGUCUCUGCCUGGGGUGGAGGCUGAUGCCAAGGGCAGAUAUCACUGGCAGGCCUACAAACAUCAGAAGAGCAAGGCUCAGGGUAAUAGGAAGCAGAAAUAAGUCAGCUCUCCCAGUCAAGUAGUGUGUGUGUGUGUGUGUGUGUGUGUGUGUGUGUGCAUGUGUGUAUGUGUGUGUGCGUGUUUGUGUGUUUUUGUGUGUGUUUGUGUGUUUCUUAUUGCACCUGUAACUCACUGAUUCAGCUAGACUGGCCAGCCAGGCCCUCCAAAUCCUCCUGUCUCUGCAUCCCCACUGGGAUUACAGGUACACACCACCAUAGCUGGGUUUUCUGCGGCUGCUGGGGGGCAUCACGCUUGUGUGUCAAGCCCUUUGCUGCUCACACCUCUUCAGCCCCUUCUGGUUCAAGAGGAGCAAACAGAGGUGGAAAUCUGUAGAAGGGAAAUUGAUAGAAAAUGGUGAAUCUGCUUAAUGGACAGAGAAACCAAUCAGAGGCAGCUGGGGUGUGGCUGGGGUUAGAAGAUUCUGGUAACUAGGAGCUGCUCUUGACAUCACAAAGCCCAAGUUUACUUGUCUACAAAAGUGGGAAAAGAAACCAGAGUCAAGACUGUCGUGAGACACAGUGAGUGGCCAUGUGGGACAGCUUGGUGGUUCUGAGAACUUUGUGCUCUCAUCUGUCCUGCCUCUGUUAGAACCCUCCCCAGCGGACUCUGGGUGGGUAGAAUACUUCCAAGACACUUUUGCUAAAACAGCUCCCUUUUUAUAUCUUCUCCCAGUUUCCCCGCUUUACCUGAUUUCUUCAUAGCAGACCUCAGAACAGGUUUCUGCUUCCCCUCCUAGCCCCACAGUUUCCUGAGAGCAGACUUCCGGUCUUAAUCAAUGCAGCCCUUCCACGGCAGAGGCCUGGCCCAAGCAGGUGUUCCAUAAGCAGCUGCUGAAUAGGCAGUUAAGCUAGCAAUGCCUCAUCUGGUUUCAAGGAUGCAGGGCAGCACUGCAGUAAAAUAGCAAUGACUCUCAAACUUGUUUCAAAUAAGAUUCUUGGGUUCAGGUGGGUGGUAGCUCUCAAUUCUUGGGCACCCAAAACCUAAACAAAUCUGGGGAUGUAGCCUAGUUGGUAGAGUACGCACAUGUAAUCUCUGCAUGCAGGAGGCAGAGGCAGGGGGAUCAGAAGUUCAGGUUCACUCUGAGCUACAUAGUAAGUUCAAGGCUACCUUGGGCUACAUGAGACCCAGUCUGGGGUGGGGAGUUCCUGGUCCACUACCAGGGUCCUAUUUAUUCUAAUUAAAUCAAUGGACUUUGCUAUUUUUAAAAAAGAUUUAUUUUACAUACAUGAGUACCAUUGCUCACUUCAGACACACCAGAAGAGGGCAUCAUUGGAUCCCAUUACAGAUGGUUGAGAGCCACCAUGUAGUUACUGGGAAUUGAGCUCAGGACCUGUGGAAGAGCAGUCGGUGCUCUUACCUGCUGAGCCAUCUCUCCAGCCCUGGACUUUGCUAUUUUAAAGGAGCCCCCAGGUGACUCUGUUGCUCUCACUCUGGAUCUGACUGACCAGGCUUAGUUUGACUUCAGCCUGUCGCUUACCAGUUGUGUACGGAUGGUGUAGCCAAGUAUCCCCCUCGAUGGCUCCGAGCCCAGGGAUGUUGGAUAAGCUGUUCAGUUGGUCCUAUCAUCUUUUGUUAUUGUUUUGACGCAGGGUCUCCCUAUGUGGCACUCUCUGGCUGUCCUGGAACUCAUUAUGUAGCCCAGACUGUCCUCUAACUCACAGAGAUCCAUCUACUCUCCCUCAUGAGGGCAGCGAUUUAAUGUGUGCACCACUACACCCUGCUAUCAUUAUUUAUUAUUCUGCUCAGAUAUUCUUCCCUGAGAGGUUCUCUUCUGGGAGCUUCUCAUAGGCCUCAAUGAACAUGGUGUGGUAGCUAGUUGGGAAUGCAGAAUCUCUGCUCUGGUCCAGGUUGGCUGAAUAGAAACCCACACUUUAUCAAGCUCCCAAGGUGAUCCCUUUGCCCAUUCGUUUGAAAAGCAUAGCUCUAAUUGGUAUGCAUAGUUUUCUUCUUGUCUUUGGCUUCAGGAGUCUGUCCCAGGGGUUCCAUCACUCUGGCCUUCCUGAACCCCAGGAGCAGUUGAUGUUCACUCUCUGCGUGUGAAGAAGACCCUUCAGCACGCUCUGGCCCACCUCUCGCUGCUCAAUUUAGCAGGGCUCUCAAAGGCCCUGGGCUCCUCCUGGGAGCUCUGCAUGAGCAUCCGGAGAGGCAGGACAUGGAUCCACCUGCUGCUGUCUUGCUUCCUCCUCAGUCUCGGACCUGCACCCACCUGGCAGAAGAAACCUGCAUGGACCAGGAGAGAAGCCCAGCCACCGCAGAGGCAGGCAGAGACUCGUUUCCCAGUGGUCAGCUGCCCAGCUCCAGCCUCACUGAAGCUGACUGGUUUUGGGACGAGCACAUCCAGGCUAAGAGGGCCAGAGUAGAGACCAUUGUCCGAGGCAUGUGUCUCUCUCCUAGCUCGUCGGUGUCAGGCAGAGCCAGGGAGAGCUUGCGCUGUCCAGAAAAGGGUCGGGAGCGGAAGAGAAAGCAGAGCCUUCCCAUGCACCAAGGUCCCCUGAAAUCUAGCCCUGCCUGGGAGCGAGGGCCCAAGAAGGGGGGGACCCGGGUGAAAGAACAGCUUCAUCUACUGAAGCAACAGCUAAGACAUUUGCAGGAGCAUGUCCUACAGGCCACAGAGCCCAGAGCACCAGCACAGAGCCCAGGAGGAACUGAGCCAAGAAGCUCCCCGAGGGCAAGGCCGAGGAACAGCUGCUCAUCUGGUGCCUGGACCGUGGAGAACGAGCCUCACCAGAGUUCUAGCAAGGACCUCUGUGGAGCAGUAAAGCCCGGAGCAGCUGAGGUCCUACAGUACUCAGAGGAGCCGAUGCUCUGUCCUUCUGGCCCACGGGCCUUGGUGGAGACUCUGAGGAAAGAACUGAGCAGGGCCGUGUCCCAAGCUGUGGACUCCGUAUUACAGCAAGUGCUAUUUGAUCCACAGAGACAUCUCACGCAGCAGGAGCGAAGCUGCCAGGGGCUAGCAUCAGAGGGCAGAAACCAGCCUUCACCUCCAGGGAGAAGUGCCUAUAAGGACCCACUUGCUCUUGCCACCCUGCCCAGAAAGAUCCAGCCACAAGCUGGGGUUCCCUUGGGCAAUUCAACACUGGCAAGGCCUCUAGAUUCUCCUAUGUGUCCUGUCUCUCCAAGAGGAGUCCCUAGAUCAUAUCAGAGUCCCCUACCAAAUUGUCCCUUGACAAAUGUACCUUCCCACACCUGGGAAAAUCAGAUGCUUAGGCAGCUUCUGGGUCGUGGGCCCGAUGGCCAAUGGAGUGGCAGCCCUCCCCAGGACGCAGCUUUCCAAAGUCAUACCUCCCCAGAGUCUGCCCAGCAACCGUGGGGGCUGAGCCAGCAGCAGCUCCCCCUGUCUCUCACCCCGGUCCAUCUGGAAAGCCGGCCCCUCCCACCGCCUGUGAAGAUGGAGCAGGGCGUGCUGCGGGGCGUGGCUGACUCACUUCCUUUUUCUUCCAUCCACAUCCAGGAAGGCCUGAGCCCUGGUCACCUGAAGAAGGCCAAACUAAUGUUUUUCUUCACGCGGUACCCCAGCUCCAGCCUCCUGAAAGCUUAUUUCCCUGAUGUUCAGUUCAACCGCUGCAUCACCUCCCAGAUGAUCAAGUGGUUCAGCAACUUCCGUGAAUUUUAUUACAUCCAGAUGGAAAAGUAUGCCCGGCAAGCACUUUCAGACGGUAUCACGAACGCCCAAGCACUGGCUGUCCUCCGAGACUCGGAGCUUUUCCGAGUUCUCAAUACACACUAUAACAAGGGGAAUGACUUUGAGGUCCCAGACUGCUUCUUGGAGAUUGCCGCCCUGACACUGAAGGAGUUCUUCAGGGCUGUCUUGGCAGGGAAAGAUUCAGAUCCUUCCUGGAAGAAACCCAUUUACAAGGUUAUCUCAAAACUCGACAGUGACGUCCCAGAGAUGCUCAAAUCACCCAGCUUCCUCCCGGGACUGUUCCCGAGUUAACAUUGAACAGAAUGAGGGCAAGUAUGAUGGCACAGGCCUGGGAGUCCAAGGUGAGAGGUGGAGGCAGGUGGAUCAGGAACUUAGGGACAGCCUUGGCCACAAAGACAAAGAUCAAACAAAAUGAGUAGAACGGCCCAGGGUGGCUCAAGCUUUGUCAUAAAUGGCAGUUUAGCUGUAGUCACAUCAAAGCACAAGAGGAACCCCUCCCAUAGAUGCAACUGCCGUUCUGAAUACUCGUUUUCUUGUCCAGAAUUAUCAGAGACUUAACCUUAACCACAGUCCAUCAGCUAAAUCUAGCAGUGUGUUUGUAGACUAUUGGGAAAGGAACACAAGUUUGCAAUCAGAAGACUUAAAAGUCAUUAAGUGCUGUGGCAGUGAUAAUUUCCUGGUAUUCCUUUAACUCUGGAAGGAGAUUCAUAGCCAAGUGGUGGUGGUAAACAGGUUUAAUCCCUGCACGGAGAGGCAGAGAUAGGUGGAUCUGUGAAUUGGAGGCCAGCCUGGUCUACAAAGUGAGUUCCAGGACAGCCAGAGCUACACAGAGAAACCAUGUCUCGGAAAACAAAAACAAACAAAACAAAACAAAAAAUCAAAAAAGCCCCAAGAAAUUUUGAAGUGUGGGUACCUCGUUGAUUCUUACGCCAGGGCACAGGAUCAGUCAGGACUAUGAAGGAACCGAUGGCUGUGUACGCUGGACUCAUGCUGUCACUUGGGAUCUCCAACAGGAAAAAUCCAUGCUAGCAGGGCACCCGUGGAUUGGCACUGCCAUCUGAUCAGGUUGGCACUCAGGAGCGCUUCAUCAUCCAAGACGUUCACUGAUGGCUUCGGCAAACUUCCUAAAGAACCUCGGUCGGCACUGCUGUGGCUUGCAUCUGUCUGCUGGAACACUGGGUCUGCUAACAGUCCUAACAGUCCUACUUGACCUAUAUACUGGUGCCCCAACUGCCCAUGCAUACAAAAAUAUAUAUAAAUAAAAAAUGGAACUUCAUAAUGAGAAAGCCAGAGGGGCCUCGAGGACGAUCUGGUCCACCUUGUUUAACCUGUGGAGGAAACUGAGACUAGCAUACACUCUACAGGGCUCACAGGCCAUGAAUGGCAAGGGCUGGGACAAAGGCAGAGAUUUUCCUACUUCAAAAUGGUUACAGUCUAUGAUUGAAUUUGCACAGAUGAACAAAUGACAUCCAAGUUUUCCCCCUUGGGUCCAACACAGUUGUGACUGACGCUGAGCACCAUUAGGCGAGGAACCCAUAUAGUGGAACAACUGUCUUCUAGUCAGAACCAAGCCUGUAAGCACUGCUGAAGGUGGGCAGGACGAAGUAGACUUCAGGUUUUACAGUGUUAAAUGAGGGGCAACCGUGCCUACAGUAGCUCCCUUCCCUGCCUUCAACCUCCAACAAGCUCCACAUCUAGCUCCUCUACCUUCAUAACUUGAUGGGUGGUGGUGUUGGCUAUUGCUAGACAUGUCAGACUACACCAAUACAAACAAAGUCUUUCCUCUCAAGUUUCUGUUCAAAUAGUGGAGAACAGUAACAAAACAUAAUUAAAUCUAAUCGAUUACUUAA